AAACCUACGUUUGAAUCCAAAACCCUUGUUUUACAUCUUCAGGACUCUACUUAAUUAAUUCGAACCAGUACCGUGUUUCAAUCCUUACAUGGCGUCCAAGAAGAAGGAAUCAGAAGGCAUCGCCCUUCUCUCUAUGUACGGAGACGAAGACGACGAUAUGGAUGAAGAUUUAGAUAACGACGACAACACCAACGAUGACAACGCCGUUUCGACGAACAAGGAACAGAACGAAGUCGGCGCGAACGAAACUGUUCAUAUGGAAGAAGAUGAUGCUGCGGCCCUUAAUAAUAGUAGUAUUAUGGGUUACAUUAAUGCGAGUAGCAUCGGUUCGGUUGUUAAUUUCGAUUCUGCUAAUGAUGAUACCAUACCUGAUUCUAUUGAUAAUUCUUCUCUCAACACACCGCCGCCUCCUCAAGCUCAGCAAGCGAUUUCUGCGGAGCCGAUUAGAGGCAGGGAGGGGACUCUAACGAUUGUUGACUACGGGCAUGAUGAGGCGGCGUUGUCGCCUGAAGCUGAGGAUGGGGAAAUAGUAGCAACUGGUCGAGUAAUGUUUGGUGCAGAGCUUCAAAGUGCAAAUGGAGCAGGAACACCACCAGAGCUAUUAACACCACCAGGAACAACAGUAGAAGCAACUCCUCAAUUGUCAGAAUCACAUUCACAAUCAGAAAAGGGAAACGAAUCAGAGUCUGAAGAAGCUGUUAAUAAUAUUACUGAAGAUAAGGAGAUAGAUCCCUUGGACAAGUUUCUCCCUCCACCACCAACCACAAUGUGCCCUGAUGAAUUGCAAGAAAAGAUCAUUAAGUUUCUGUUGCUAAAGAAGAAAACGAAUAGAAGCUUCAAUUCAGAAGUGCGAAACAGGAAAGAAUAUCGCAACCCGGACUUCCUGACACACGCUGUCACUUAUCAGAACAUCGAUGAGAUAGGAUCUUGCUUCAGCAUUGACGUUUUUAAUCCCCAUGGUUAUCACAAAACUGACUUUUAUGAUGAAAUAGAGGCUGAUUUGAAGCGGGAAGCAGAGAGAAAAGAACAAGAGAAAAAGAAAAAUCACAAGAUUGAUUUUCUCUCUGCUGGCACUGCCACACAAUCUGCACUACCUAUUCCAACACCAAAAACCCUGCCCAUUCCAGCAGCUGUGGGUGGUGGUGGUGGAACAAAUCCGGUUUCAGCUGGUGCUAUUGAUACGGGGCGACUAAAUAAGAAAUCCAAGUGGGAUAAGGUGGAUGGGGACAGAAGGCAGGACUUCUCACAUGCAGCACUCCUCUCUGGCUCUGGCUCUGCUGCUACUGCUAAUAAUGCUGGGAGUGGUUACACAGCCUUCGCGCAACAAAGACGAAGAGAGGCGGAGGAAAGAAGGUCAAUCGAUAGGAAAUUGGAUAGAAGGUCAUGAACAAGUCGUAUCUUGUAAAUUUCGGAUAAUAUUUUUUACACAUGUUUUUGUGUUUUUGUUGCUACCUUUUUAACUACAACUUUACAUUUUAAAAACCAAUUUCAUUAAAAACUGAAAUUAUCAAUAUGUACACAUUCAGAAAGA